AGCCAACUCCUGGUUGGAAUUACGAUGUGGCUCUUAGCUUGCUACCCUACUUACCUAGCCUACGACGUCGUAUUUCGCCGCUAAUAGCUACAUGUUAUAAAUUAUCUUUACAUUGGCAUAGGUGUCUUUGGAUAAGCGGAGUGUGUCUUUGAGUUACUCUGAGAUCGCUGUGGGGACAGCUCUUAAUUCAACAUGUUAUGAAGGGCGGAAGCUAACUAGCAAGCGGCAGCCAUCUUAGGCGAGCAUGUAAUCUUGGCUAGCUGAAAGUGCUGGUGUGGCACAACAAGAUGGCCUGAUAAUACUCGCACAAGGAGAAUUUCCGCGUCGCUAGUUCUGUCGUAUAUAGCAUCAAAUUAUCAAAUUCGACAUUUUAAUGUCUGCUCACUGACUAGAACACCAGCGCGGCACUGACCUAAACAAAGAUCUAUACCCCCCGAUUCCUUCUUGUGUCCCCGCCCGGCAAGAAAACGGAGGUCGUGGGGCUGGAGUGUGUUCUCAUGGCCGAGUCAGAGACUGAAUGUGACACGCCCGGCCUUGACACACUUGGGUCGGAGUGUGUCAUAGCCCAUAGCCAUGUCGACCUUCACUAUGGAGCAGAAACUGAGAUCAUGACAGAAGAAAAGCGUGGAUUAGAGCUGGAGAUCCAUGGCUCAGACUUAAAGAUCCAGGGACUGGGGACAGAGCUCGGAGCUGUAGCCUGUGUGGAUGCAAUUGUAGCUGAGACAGACCAUGAUUAUAUCAAGGUGGAACAUGGUGAGAUGCAUUGUUUCACAGGAGCAGAAAUCAAGACAUCGGGAAACGAGACUCUGCUGGGAGAGGUGCUGCUUAAGACGGAAAGCGAGCAUGUAGUGAAAGUGGAGUCCGACCAUGGUGGGGAGUUGACAGUGGAGUCUGAAAAUGGUGUAAUCAUACAUGAAGCCCAUGGCCUGCAGUGCAACGAGUGCGGGGAGAUUUUUGGCAGCAUAGCCGAUCUUCACCAACACUUUGAGAUCCAUAAAGACCUCAACCCUUACAUCUGUGUCCACUGUGGUGAGAGCUUUGCUGUGGAAGCCAGCCUCAAACAGCACAUGAAGAUUCACAUGAAAGAAAAGCCCUAUGUACCACCUGGAGUUGAGAUAAUGGGCAAAGAUGUUAUCGAUGCCUUCAGCCUCAAGUCUCAUCAGAUGAUUCAUUUGCCAGACAAGCCUCACAGAUGCUCUGAGUGUGGUAAGAGCUUUGCAGCUGCAAUUACUCUGAGAGAACACAUGAAGAUGCAUUCAGAGGACAAGCCCUACAAGUGCACCCAGUGUAGGAAGAGCUUUGUCCGUAGAAGGCAUCUGAAAAAGCAUCAGGAGGUCCAUGCACGUGAGAAGCCGUAUACCUGUGGCCAGUGUGGUAAAGGCUUUGCCACAACUUCCAACCUGAAACAGCAUCAGAAGACCCACACUGCUGUUGUUCUUGGAGACAAACCCCACCGUUGUGCGCAAUGUGGAAAGUGUUUUGCAGCUGCUGCCACUCUGAGAGAGCACCAGAGGAUCCAUUCGGGUGAGAAGCCGUACAAAUGCAACAUGUGCAGGAAGAGUUUUGUCCGCAAACGCCAUCUGAAGAAGCAUCAGCAAGUCCAUGCUGGAGGAAAGCCCUACACCUGCAGACAUUGCAACAAGGGCUUUAAUCACUCCUCUUCUCUCUCUCGCCACCACAAGACCCACUUGCAGAAUCCAGUGUUUUCCCCACCUCAGCCUGGGAAAACCUUGUCGUACGGCACUCCCCCAAAGCAGAGGGUCCACCAGCAGGGAGACAAGCCCUACAUGUGCCACCACUGUGAUAAGGGCUUCAAUCAUUCCUCUUCCCUGUCCCGGCACCAAAGAGUCCACUCAGAGGGAAAGAGUUACACCUGCGCUCACUGUGGAAAAAGAUUCAAUCACUCCUCUUCCCUGGCAAGGCAUCAAAGAGUUCACUUGGAGAAUAAACAGCAGCAGCCACAACCACCGCAGCCGCCACCGCAGCAGUACAGCGCCAUCCCCACAGGGAAGGGAUUCCCUAACAACGCCUUCCCCAAACAGCACAUCCUGUCUGUUGAAAAACCAUACAGGUGCUCCCAGUGUGGAAAAGGCUUUAACCAUUCAUCUUCCCUCUCCAGACAUCAUAGGAUCCAUGUAGACCAGUGAACACCUUUUCCCACCUUCAAAUGCUGUCCCAUUCAAGCGAAAAUCACCCCUGCACCCCAUGGUUUCUGUUCAACCAAUGGUAAUUUCCAUCACCAUGCCAUAACAAAUAACAGGCCAACUUCUAUAGAUAAGUGGUCAGGUCAGCACAUUGCUACGUUGGAGUGGAGCAGAUGAGAUGAUGAUAAAUGUCCUUUCGAACAAGUCUUCAAAAGGAGGGCGGACAGUGAACCUAUAAUUCAGAGCUGAACCCAGGACUUUGUGCUCAGAAUGAAGAAGUGUAAUAGAUUGUGAAGGCGCCUCUAUUCUUGUUUGUGAUUGUGCUUCACUUGCUCCAUGACCUUUUUUGAACACUUUUAAAAUAAAAAAAACAAUGUGAUUUGGUAAUCUAAAAAAGUUACAUGGGGAAAAUAUGCUUUGCCCUAUGGUUAUCUUUUUGAUAGAAUUGAGUUUAUGUACCUUCAGGUGGGCACAUGCGCUUUUCAGCUGCAACUUUAUCAAAGGCUGCAAACAGAUUUGGUGAACAAGAACUGUUCUCUCUUGUCUCAAUUUAAAUAGUUAUUUCUUUUUCACCCACAAAACACAUGAAGCAAACAUCAAAAAUGUAAUGUAAAUACUUAUUGAUUUUCUUUUAUAUAUAUGUAUAGGUGACUAGUGUGCUGUUCCAAAAUAUUACAUUUUUGAUAGUAAGGUCCACUUUGUCUCCACCUUUUUCCUUUUUAUGACUUUAAUUUGUUUUAAGUGUUGGAGAUGAACAUGUUGCAGGUGUUUUCACGCAGCUUGUUGAAUUUGGGCUCCAUCAGACGAGCCAUCUUGUAUAUUUAUAAGGUUGUUUUCUUGUAAGUCUAUGAUGGGUUAGCACAGCUGCAUCAACUGUACAGAGAGCAAUACUUGCUGACACCCUGAUUCUAUUAUAACAUGCAAUUUAGCUAUUAGAAAAUGCAUAAUAGAAAAUAAAAACCUUCUGGGUAGCAUAUUACAACAUGACCUGUGUCCUAAUUAUUUACUGUGCAGAUUCCACUGUACCCCAUGCACCAAAUGUACACAAAAUCAACGUCACGCUUUGUUUAUUGCUUUGGAGACUAAUUGGGUUACCUGUGUAUAGAAUAUUGGUAACUAUCAAAUUUGAUCUUUAAAAACAGUGUAUACUAAAAGACUACACGAGAAUCUCACUUUUACAAGACUUAAAGAUUUUUUCUGAAUUCCAAUGGAUUGCGCUCUAUUUACUGUUGUGUGUAAAAUAUCUUUUACAAACUGAUGUAUUUUUUUAGAUAUGGCUUGGUUAUAUGAAAGGGAAUGAGAGAGAUACAGUUUUUAUGGGAGUGAAAAUUACAGUGAGCAAUAUUUUUCUUUUCCUUUUUUGGGAUAAUUGUGCUUCAAACUGUAGCAUAGUUUCUUCCUUGUGUUAGAUAGGUGCCUUAUUGCAUGCUAUGUAGAAAUGUAUGCUGACCUGUUAUUUGACAAAAAAAAGUUAGGGUUUUCAGGAGUCUUUUGUUCUUAUUCAUAUUAACUUACCCUACGUUUUAAUUUGAUGUCACUGAUACCUUUUGCUUUUGUGUAUUACAAUGUUUUUACACUGUUACAACCAUAUUGUCUUUAUUUUUCCCCCUUCAUUUUUGUCAAUGUAGAGAGAAAAAUUGUAAAUGGUCCAUAUAGGCUUCUCUUAAGGGCAAAUCCUGUAACACCUCUACCCAAUUUCUGAGUGGCACAUAUAUGGAUAAAUAAAGGUUGUUGACUCUC